ACACAAUUUUCAGAAUAGCAAUGAACUUCAAAACACUGCAUUACUCCCCUUCUCUCUACUCUAAAAAAAAAACAAAAAAAAAACUCUACUCUACAGCCGUCAUUCAGCCCCUGCCGCCUGCUACCCUCACCGUCACCGUCACUGCCUGCCGCCGGUGGCUCAGACGCUACAGCCUGGCGCUGCUCCUGCUCGCUGCUGCUCACGCCUCACUUGGUCGAAAGUCGAGGGUCGACUGUACUCUACUCUUUACAAAAACCCUAAAAAUCAAAUUUUUGAUUUUUUUUAGAAGGAAAAUAUGUGCAACAAAUGGUAAUUGAAGCUCUUAAGCGGAUUCCUAACCUCAAUGGGGACCUAUUAGCUUAACCGACGAUGUCUGAACCAUCAGUUUUCGAGAGGAUGAUGCUUAAUUUUCGUCAAACUUGCAGGUAUUAUACUGGUUAUCCUAAGGAUUUAGGCCCAUCACGUGUUAUACAUUUUACAUCAGAACGUCAAUUUGUCCAGAUUCUUCACCAAGGUUACCCUGUGGUUGUUGCUUUCACUAUUAGGGGAAAUUACACAAAACAUCUUGACAAAGUACUAGAAGAAGCUGCAGCAAAGUUUUACCCUCAUGUCAAAUUUAUGAGGGUCGAGUGUCCGAAGUAUCCAGGAUUUUGCAUUACACGGCAAAAGACAGAAUAUCCAUUUGUUGAAGUAUUUCAUAGCCCAGAGCAGCAAGGUGCAAACCAAGCAAAGGUUGCUGAUCCAAACGUCACCAAGUAUUUGGUGAAGGUCCUGCCUUUCAAUUAUGACGUCAGUGCUUAUGGAUUUAAAGAGUUUUUCAAGCGGCACGAGAUUCAAAUACCUGAUCAGGAGUGACAAUUAUCCGGGGAUUGUCUACGGUUGUCAAGUUUUUAUUGAGCUUAACAAUGAGUAGUGCACUGUUCUGUGAAGCAGAAGGGACCAUAUGAUGAAUAUCGCUGAUUUGUUGACAAAAUGUUUAAGAGGAGAAGAUCAAAUUAAUCAACUUGAAGCUGUUUGUACAGUCUGAUGUGAAACUCCAGCAGAUGAAUCCUUGUUUCCAUGAUGCAGAGUGCAUUAAUACCAUGAAUUAGGGUUUGAUAGUUUGAUGUUCAUGUACCCUGUGUUACUUUGUCCUUAUAAAUUUUUGGGUAUAAAUUAGAGGCAAUGUUAAUGUCAUUGAAUUGCUUGUGCCUUGUAUCAUUCAAUGUGUUUAUCUUUAUUCUUCCUCAAGACUUCUAUUAAAA